UCUACUUUUAGUUGGGGUUCUGCAGUUUUAGCGCGAUUAAAUUUUUCGCUCUGUGGAGACAGACCAAGAUGUACAGUGCCUCUGCUAGGCAAAAUGUACGCUACUUUAGGAAUGAGCUUGACUGCUUGCAGUUCCGAAACGUGAAUACAAUAAAGAAAGCGGAGCGUCGACUCGGUAAAGUUCCCGGAGCGGUUGCAGCAGAGGUUCGAGAAAACCUUAGGGGUGCUUUAGAAAACUUUGACCCCAACGAAAAUGAGCUUCUUGAAGACGAAGAAAUGCAUGGAGACGAGGAUGAGUUUCAUGCUCACGAGGUCGAGACUGGUCCAUAUUUCCCACAAACUGACAUUACUCAACCCGGACAAAGUACCCAAGAAGAUCUUUUUGAUGGUUACGGGAUUAUAUCCAAAAUAUCUGGAAAAAUUCCUUACUCCGUCCCCGGUAUCAGUUCGAUGAAAUUGAUGGGCAUCGACAGUGAUAGGUUAUGGGAAAUAUUUUUCCAAAAGGCCAUUCCCUUGGGUUUACUAGAAGUAUACAUCGACAGUGCUCGUGCGGGUGGAGAUGAGGCCGGUCCAUCGAGACGUGAUUAUCGUGUUCGUUUGCAGGGGGAGACGAUUGCAGAUGAAGUUAUUGACAACCCUGACUCUGAUGAUGAUGAAGAGUAUAUUCCUUCGGACGAUGACAUUGACACAGAAGAACAUUGGAUCCAUGAAAUGGAAGUUGAAGCUGGUGUAAGAGGAAUUUCUGGUGGCGUGUCUGAUGGCCCUCUUGCAAUAGGAACUGUAGUCGAUGUUGUCUAUGCAUCCGAACCACCAAACCUUAAUGCUACGCCUGAAGAGGCCCCGCGCUUUAAAGGGUUAUCGGCUCACAACAAGUCUGUAUUAUUUCUGACAGACAUAUUGGGAUCAUCAACUCCUAUCGUGACCUUCCAGAACUACAGACCGGAUUGAUAAUGAAACGUUUUUGUCUUU